AUGGCCUUCUCUGCUGCCUUCUGCCUUGCCACUUCCAUUGCUUCUCAUUUAGUUGCCUGCUCCCUUUCCAGGAGUCUCGACCCUCGCCUCUCGACCGUUAUCCAUCCCCCCUCUUUGAGGAAUGUCAUCUCAAAGAGAACUGCGUGGCCCCUUCCUUGUACUGCAUUUUUCUCUUAUGUUGCAACGAAGCCAACCUCAAACUCCAACCUCCUUCAAGGUGUCGACUCUGAGAUCAAGUGCGCAUUGGAAUCUGACGGUUAUGGCAGGGUGGAGGAGAUACCAAGUGGCUUUCCUUUUGAGAUCCAAGAUGAGAAGGGAAUAAACACUAUUACUCUGAAGAGAAACUAUCAUGGAGAGAGAGUAUCGAGGUCAUAG